UUGAAAAGGGCAGAAGCAAGCGCUACACACGUCGCGGCAGCAUGUUUUGUUUUCUGGUGCUGACCUGUGUGCUCUGCAUGGGACAAGCUACAGGACAGAGAGAUGGUGAAAUUAUAAAUCAGAUUAAAAUGUCAAACCUUGCCCUGUGGGAGAUAAAAGAGCUUCUGAAACAAAUGAUUAAAGAGAUGGUAUUCCUCAAGAAUACAGUGAUGGAGUGUGAAGCCUGUGGGAUCCGAGGGGGGCUGGCUCGUCCUUCCUGUGUGCCCAACCCCUGCUACCCUGGGGCAAGGUGUAUGGAGAUGCCUCGAGGUCCAAGUUGCGGACCCUGUCCAGAUGGCAUGGAGGGUAAUGGCACCCACUGCACUGACGUGGAUGAGUGUUCUGUGGUGCCGUGCCACAUGGGUGUGCGGUGCAUCAACACCUCCCCAGGGUUCCGCUGUGGCUCUUGUCCUGCGGGACACACUGGACCUCAGCUACACGGCAUCGGCAUUGCUUACGCCGCUGCCAACAAGCAGGUGUGCAAGGACAUCAAUGAGUGCGACAGCCACACAAAUGGUGGUUGUGUAGAGAAUUCCAUCUGUAUGAACACUCCAGGCUCCUUCAGAUGUGGCCCCUGUAAUAAGGGCUACGUAGGAGACCAGCAACGCGGCUGCAAGCCUGAGAGGGCGUGUGGGCACGGCCAGCCGAGCCCGUGUCCCGCCAGCGCAGAGUGCAUCAUCCAUCGAGAUGGCAAGAUCGAAUGUCAAUGCGGAGUUGGUUGGGCUGGGAACGGUUUCCUGUGUGGACCGGACAUCGACAUCGAUGGUUUCCCAGACGAGAAGCUGGACUGUCCCGAGACGAACUGUGCCAAGGACAAUUGUCUCAGGGUGCCCAACUCUGGUCAAGAGGAUGCUGAUCGUGAUGGAAUUGGAGAUGCCUGUGAUGACGAUGCAGAUGGAGAUGGGAUCCCCAACACACAGGACAACUGUGUACUGGUGCCUAACGUGGACCAAAGGAACAUCGACGAAGACGACUUUGGCGAUGCUUGCGACAACUGCGGCGCUGUCAAAAAUAACGACCAAAAGGACACCGAUGUGGACAAAUAUGGUGAUGAAUGCGAUGAAGAUAUCGACGGGGAUGGGAUCCCCAAUUACCUGGAUAACUGCAAAAGAGUUCCCAAUGCUGACCAAAACGAUCGUGAUGGAGACAAAGUUGGAGACGCCUGUGAUAGCUGUCCCUAUGUUCCCAACCCAGACCAGUUGGAUGCGGACAACGACCUGAUCGGAGACCCUUGCGACACUAACAAAGACAGUGAUGGCGACGGUCACCAAGACUCUCGAGACAACUGCCCAGCCGUCAUCAACAGUUCCCAGCUGGACACCGACAAGGACGGCAUAGGAGAUGAAUGUGAUGACGACGACGAUGGCGAUGGCAUUCCGGACCUGCUGCCGCCAGGUCCUGAUAACUGUCGUUUAAUCCCGAAUCCCCUGCAGGAGGACUCUGACGGCAAUGGCAGAGGUAAUGUGUGUGAAACGGAUUUCGACAACGACACCAUCAUUGACACCAUCGACGUUUGCCCUGAAAAUGCCGAGGUCACACUCACCGACUUCAGGGAGUAUCAAACUGUGGUUUUAGAUCCAGAGGGUGACGCUCAGAUUGACCCCAACUGGGUGGUGCUGGACCAGGGCAGAGAGAUUGUCCAGACAAUGAAUAGUGAUCCUGGAUUGGCUGUUGGUUACACUGCUUUCAGUGGUGUCGAUUUCGAAGGGACGUUUCAUGUCAACACGGUGACAGACGACGACUAUGCAGGAUUUAUUUUCGGCUACCAGGACAGCUCUAGUUUUUACGUGGUCAUGUGGAAGCAGGUGGAGCAGAUCUACUGGCAGGCCAACCCAUUCAGAGCCGUGGCAGAACCCGGCAUCCAACUGAAGGCUGUCAAGUCCAACACAGGCCCUGGUGAGAACCUGCGGAAUGCCCUGUGGCACACUGGCGACACAAGUGAUCAGGUGAAACUGCUGUGGAAAGAUGCCCGCAAUGUUGGCUGGAAGGAUAAGACAUCUUAUCGCUGGUUCCUCCAGCACCGACCCGCUGAUGGAUACAUCAGGGUUCGCUUCUAUGAGGGUCCUCAGAUGGUAGCGGACACAGGUGUCAUAAUUGACGCCACCAUGAGGGGAGGUCGACUUGGAGUCUUCUGCUUCUCCCAGGAGAACAUAAUCUGGGCCAACCUGCGUUACCGCUGCAAUGACACUUUACCAGAAGACUUCGACACCUACCGUGUGCAGCAGGUUCAGCCGGUGGCCUGAAGAAAAUGAACAAGACCUGGGAAAAGCUCCACACACAAAACAGUCUCAGUCUGACAGUCUGAUGUAAACACAUCAGAAGAGGCCCAGCAGAUGAAAACAGAAGAGGAAAGUCAACAUAAGAUUUUGGUUUAGAAGUUGACCAUGUUUCAUUUUUAUUGUUGAAAAAUGCCACUAAAGAGUUAUAUGGGUUUUUGGUAAAUGACGCAUGAAGUAUGCAGUUAGUCAUCCUUGAUAAACCUGUUUUAUACUGCUGCAACCUUGUCAAUUCAUAUAAUGUCAAGUAUGCCAGUUAUUUGGUCAAACCUGCAGUUGUGGUCAGACGUUUAUAUAUACUCAUCAAGGGCAUAUAAUAUUAAUUGUCCUUUUAAUUACUUUUUAUUUAAACUGAGUGCGCCGAGUACUACUCCUACUACUAACUGAGUAUAUACUGCACAUACACCCCACUAUUGUCCCUAGCAAGGUGCACCUCAACAGAACUGACCUAUGCACAAACAUUUCACUAUUUAACUCUUCUUGGCAGAUUGGUAGUGUUCAUUUAAAGUGGAUGAUUUCCUGGCACAGACUCUGCAUUUUAGCAUCAUCUAGAAAUAAAAAAAAAAACAAUAGGCUCGAGGUCCA